AUGUCACAGAAUCGGCCUGGGGUAUUCUCGAGCUUGCGCAUGGGUGAAGUUAUUCGUGAAAAAGUCCAGGAUGGACUAACUGGAGAAACCAAGGAAAUUUCGUAUUCACAAUGCAAAAUCGUUGGCAAUGGAUCAUUUGGGGUGGUUUUCCAAACCAAGAUGAUGCCUAGUGGUGAGGACGCUGCCAUUAAGCGGGUUCUCCAAGACAAGCGUUUUAAAAACCGUGAGUUACAGAUCAUGCGGAUUGUGCGCCACCCGAAUAUAGUAGAGUUGAAAGCCUUUUACUAUUCUAACGGCGAGAGGAAAGACGAAGUAUAUCUGAACCUUGUCCUCGAAUAUGUGCCAGAAACAGUGUACCGGGCAUCGCGAUACUUCAACAAGCUGAAGACAACCAUGCCCAUGUUGGAGGUCAAGCUUUACAUUUACCAGCUGUUCCGCUCUCUGGCCUACAUUCAUUCGCAAGGCAUCUGCCACCGUGACAUCAAACCCCAAAACCUACUUCUAGAUCCAAACAGCGGUGUCUUGAAGCUCUGUGAUUUUGGAUCGGCAAAGAUCCUAGUCGAAAAUGAGCCAAACGUUUCAUACAUAUGCUCCCGCUACUACCGAGCGCCGGAGUUAAUCUUUGGCGCAACCAAUUAUACCACAAAGAUUGAUGUGUGGUCCACUGGCUGUGUAAUGGCGGAGCUGAUGCUUGGACAACCACUCUUCCCAGGAGAAUCGGGGAUUGAUCAGCUUGUGGAGAUCAUUAAAGUCUUAGGGACACCUUCUCGGGAGCAGAUUCGUACUAUGAAUCCCAACUAUAUGGAGCACAAGUUUCCCCAGAUUAAGCCACAUCCUUUCAAUAAGGUUUUCCGAAGAGCUCCCCACGAGGCAAUCGAUUUGAUUUCCGCUUUGCUGGAGUAUACGCCAACACAGCGUCUUUCUGCUAUCGAGGCGAUGUGUCACCCGUUUUUUGACGAGCUCAGGGAUCCAAAUAUUAGACUGCCUGACUCGCGCCACCCCAACUCCUCAUCAAGGGAACUUCCUAACCUCUUCGAUUUCUCUAAACAUGAACUCUCUAUCGCCCCGGCAAUGAAUAGUCGCCUGGUUCCUCCUCACGCACGCCCUGCGCUCGAAGCCCGUGGUUUAGAUAUUGAUAACUUCACACCCCUUACGAAGGAUGAAAUGAUAGCACGUCUCGACUGA